UGUGAAACAUCGCUGGCCAAAGGAGCAUAAUUGUCAACCACAACCAAAAAUUACGAAAGCUGUGGCAGAUUCCAAAAAGAUGUUAAAGGCUUAUCGAGCGUUGGUCUACUAAAUCAACCGCGUUUGUCAGUCACGACACGGCUGGCUCAGUCGCGCAUUAGGCCCCCUGGUUAUUUUAAAGUACCACACCUUAUUUACUCCCCCACUCAACCUGUAGAAAUGCUCCAUCAACUAUAUAAUGGAUUGACUAUUGUACAAUCUGCUUCUGCUUUAACAUUCUCUGUAUUUUACGUUACACAUGCUACGCAAUUCUUAGCCGCUCCGUUCGGCGGCAUUGAAGCCAGCAAUAAAUACCUAUUACUAGGACGACCUUUAUACCAAGACGAACACUUAGAGCCUAUUCUCGUCACUGGCGCUGCUUCUGUACAUGUGCUGUCCGGACUGGCCAAAGGCGCCAUCCGACAGUACUGGAAAAGAAAUAGUACAGCUGACUUCACACCGCGAUCCACCGUCUACCAUCGCCGAGCAGGAUACGCUUUGAUACCUCUCGUAGCACUUCAUUACAUCGUUGCUCGCGACUUGCCACGGAAAUACUUGGGCGAUAGCACAUUCCUCGACUACUCGUACAUCGCUUUCUUGCUUCAGAAAUACCCUGCUAUUACUUAUAUCGGUCACACCGCUUUGAUAUCCAUUGCUAGUUUCCACAUUGCUGCAGGUAUGAAUGUAGCUGUCAAACAAUUGCGCGGACACAAAAAGCAGCAGCAUCAAAAAGAUACCCUGGCCACUGCAAAGCCAUUGGUCGAUCCAAAACGCAUUCCAGUAUACGUAUCAUUGGUCGUGAGUGGCCUGGCCCUCAGUGGACUGUAUGUCCUCGGUAGAACGGAAAAGAUUCCACUCAGAAGAGAGUAUGCCCGCAUCAUUCAGAGUAUAGCAUCAAAAUAGAGACAGUUUACCAGAGAGCUCUCUUACAUGUAUUUUUUUCCCAUCGAAUGAACAUUUCUAUAAUAUACAAACAUCCAUGCUUA